ACCCGGGGCCCAUGGACACACACCCACCCUUGCCUGCAGCCCCGCGCGCCUGCUCGCCUUCUCUGCCCGAAGGGACACCAUUCACCGCUGGCUGCCCAAGCCUGGCUCCGGGAGCCCGAGGUCGUGGCUGGGGCCGGUGCCAGGCAGCAGGGAACCAGAGCUGGGUCCACCGUACGCCCCUGCAGGCCGAGGCGCAACGGAGUCGCGGCCCAACGGGGUCGGACAUCCGCGGCUCCUGAUCACCCCCAGGACUGAGAGUAUUUGCUUUGGUCCACAAAAGCAUUUUCAAGAAGUUGGUCAAGUAUGGCUUUAGCAGAUAAGAGACUUGAGAACCUGCAAAUCUACAAAUGUCUCCAGUGUGUUCGGAACAAAGACAAGAAGCAGAUAGAGAAGCUGACCAGACUUGGUUACCCUGAACUAAUCAAUUUCACAGAUCCUAUUGAUGGACAGAGUGCUCUGCACUUAGCCUCGGUCUCCAAUGACACUGACAUGGUCAGCUUUCUCCUUAGCCUUGGUGCCCACCCUGAUGUGAAAGACCGAAUGGGCUGUACUCCGGCAAUGAGGGCUGCAGAACUGGGCCAUGAAAUGUCCAUGGAAAUAUUAGCCAAGGCAAAGGCGGAUAUGACUCUAGUUGAUAACGAAGGAAAAGGUAUUUUGUUUUACUGCAUUUUACCUACUAAGAGGCAUUAUCGCUGUGCAUUGAUUGCCCUGGAACAUGGCGCAGACGUCAACAAUUGUAGCUAUGAUGGAAAACCGGUGUUCCUUAGAGCUUGCGAAGCAGCACAUGAUAUUAAAGAAAUGUGCCUGACACUUUUGGAAAAAGGAGCCAAUCCAAAUGCUAUCAACACAGCCACAGGUCGCACGGCUUUAAUGGAAUCGGCAAGAGAAGGAGUGGUAGAACUGGUUCGAGGGAUAUUGGAAAGAGGAGGUGAAGUGAAUGCAUUUGAUAACGAGAGACAUCAGGCUGCACAUUUUGCUGCCAAAGGAGGCUUUUUUGAUAUAUUGAAGCUUCUUUAUGCCUACAAUGGAGAUAUGGGACUGAUUGGAAUGAAUGGGAACACACCACUUCAUUAUGCUGCCAUGGGUGGUUUUGCAGAUUGCUGUAAAUAUAUAGCUCAGCGAGGAUGUGACCUGAAAUGGAAGAAUUUAGAACAUAAAACAGCCAGGACUGUGGCUAAGGAAAGCGGCUUCAAAGCAGCAAGCAAAGAAAUACGACGGGCAGAGAGAACGGCUAAUAAACUGGCCAAGCCAGGAGUCAAAAAUCCGAAUCCACUCUGGGCCCUUCGGCUUCAUGACUGGUCAGUAGAAUAUGAGGCUGUACUUCGGGAAGCCUUUUCGUUUGUGGACAAGGGCGAUGGGACAGUCAGCAAGGAAGAUUUUGUGUUAGUGCUGGAGGAGAGGCAGGACUUCAUACCCGCGGAUCAGCUGAACUACAUCGCUCAACUUAGUGAAAAAGUACGGGGAGCAGGGGUCAACAUUAACGAUUUUUUUAAGGGAACCCGAUAUUUAAGCAAGACUUAUGUCUUGGGAUCCUAUGGGCCUAAGAAAAAGAAAAAAGGAAUAGCCAAAAAGGGGAAGAAAGGCAAGUUCGUUUUACCCCUCCCAGUCUGCGUCAUCCCUGACAAUGCAUUUCCACGCCGGAGUGAUGGUGGGCCACCAUAUUACAUGAUUGAAACCUACAAGAAUGUCACAGAUUGCAAUCGGUUUAAUCGGGAUCAUCCGCCAGAACAUCCCAUUCAGGACGACUCUGCUUGGUACAUUGAUGAUUCAGGGAAGAUAUUUUCAAAUAUUAACUUUCUCACCAAGGCAGGAGACCUAGCUUCUCUGAAAAAGGCGUUUGAAUCAGGCAUACCAGUGGAUAUGAAGGAUAAUUAUUACAAAACACCGCUAAUGACUGCUUGUGCAAGUGGAAACAUAGAAGUGGUCAAGUUUCUUCUUGAAAAAGGGGCUAAUGUUAAUGCAACAGAUAAUUUCCUGUGGACUCCACUUCACUUUGCAUGCCAUGCAGGCCAACAAGAUAUUGUUGAACUUCUCAUUCAAUCUGGAGCCGCGAUAGAAGCACUUUCAAUCAACAACUCAACUCCUUUAUUUCGAGCCAUUGAGAGCUGUAGAUUGGAUACUGUCAAAUACCUACUUGAUAUUGGUGCCAAAUUCCAGCUGGAAAAUAGAAAAGGGCACACUCCCAUGGAUGUUGCAAAGGCAUAUGCUGACUCUAGAAUAAUUGGUUUGAUUAAAGAAAAGCUAGAUAACUUGCCAAAACCAACAGAAAGCCAAAAACUUUUGAAACCCAAGCCAUCUAUUAAAGCGAAAACUGAAGUUUCUGAAAUUAAGAAAGAAGAGGAACCACUUUCAUCAAUUUAUACUGUACCAACCAUACUGGAGGAAAAGAAAAUGCAUAAGGAUAAUGUGGUUCAUCUCAAUUCAUUGAUUACCAGUGGCUAUACCAAGAAAGUGAAUAUCACAUUUACUCCACGGAGGACCUGGAGUCCUGAAGCCACAACAGCAGAGCUGAUCAGGAAGAGGGAGCUGCAGAGGGAGAGAUUCACUUAUGAGGUGGACUUUGAAGACUUCAUGAUGCCCUUUCAGAAGAACAUUACAGAGAAAGCUCGCGCAUUGGAAGCUGUUUUCAAGAACUAAAUCACAGAGGUUUCGUCUUGGGUUAAACAUUUCAAGGCCCAGGGACCAAACUUUGGAGAAGGUAGAUAUUUCCAUCAAAACAAUCCACAAAUUAAGUAUUUGUAACCAAACAUUUGUUUUUGCUUUAACAACUAUAAAUAUUCUGAGCUGUCUAGAGAAGGUGUGUUUUAUUUUGCAAUGAAUUACAUGUCAUUCUGGACAAAUCCCCCGAUCUCCUUUA